GAGCGUUUGAUCGAAGGAAUGAGGAUCGUUGGACUAACGGGUGGAAUAGCGUCUGGGAAAAGCACAGUUUCGAAUCUAUUCAAAUCCCAUGGCGUUCCCGUUGUCGACGCGGACGUCGUCGCUCGUGAUGUGUUGAAGAAAGGGAGUGGUGGGUGGAAAAAAGUUGUUGCAGCGUUUGGGGAAGAAAUUCUACUCGACAAUGGAGAAGUUGAUAGACCUAAACUUGGCCACAUUGUUUUCUCCGAUCCCGAUAAGCGUCAAUUUCUCAAUCGAUUGCUAGCUCCUUAUAUAUCCUCUGGGAUCUUUUGGCGAGUUUUGAAGCUAUGGAUGAAGGGUUAUAAGGUUAUUGUUCUUGAUGUGCCUUUGUUAUUUGAGGCCAAGAUGGACAAGUUCACGAAGCCGAUUAUUGUUGUAUGGGUUGAUCCUGAAACACAGAUUCAAAGACUCUUAACGAGAGACAGAAGCAGUGAGGAGGAUGCUCGGGACAGGAUUCAUGCUCAGAUGCCACUGGAUGUUAAAAGGGGUAAAGCAGAUAUAGUAAUAGAUAACACUGGUUCACUCGAUGACUUGAAUCAACAAUUUCAGAAGGUUUUGGUUGAGGUCUCCAGACCCUUGACUUGGGUUGAGUUUUGGCUCUCCAGGAAUGGAGCCUUCAUCAUUCUUGCUUCACUCACCUCAGGUGUUGUUUUCUGUAUCAAGGCAUUUAACAACCACACUUCAUAGCCUACUUGUGUUCUUCGGAUUUGUUUAUGUAUUUCUUCCAUCUAAUGCCUAAAUCCAUGACCAUGAGUGCUUUUCUGUAUCUCUUUUUUAAAAUUCCACAACAUAUGCUACUGUUCAAGUUUCAAUGUUAAAUUUUGUAACUUAAAAUUUUAAGAUUACUAUAGGAGAAUAAGCAUAAUCUUAUUGAACCUUGGCACGAUUGUUUGUGUUGUCGUUGUCGUCAUGAGACUGGUAGGCCAUAGGUUUGAUUCAUGUAAUUAGCCUCUUGCAAAUGUAAGAUAAGGUUGCCUACUUCAUAGUGGGAGGUUUUGUUAUUGUUUUUGAAAAUGACUGUAGUUGAUUGGUUGUAAAAUGCUUUUCGAAUACAU